GCAGACAUGAAAAGAAGAUAUAGCACUUGGCGAUACAAUUUGCAUAAAACGUUUUUGCAAUAUGAAUCAGUGGAGGAGGCACUUGAGAACAAACCUGAAAAUGUGGGAGAAGAUGACUGGGAGUUUCUCAUCAAUUGGUGGCACGAUGACGAGUGGCUGGAAUUGAGCGGAAAAAAUAAGAAAAAUAGAGAUAAGCUAACAAUAACUCAUUGUGCUGGGACAAAAGCAUUUAGUCGCAUUAGAUAUGAAAAUAAAAAUCCUGAGACCGGAGAGGAACCUAGCCGUAUUGACAUGUUCAAGCUGACAAGAUUUAGGGAAAACAAGAAAACAUGGGUCGGAGAUGUUGCUGAAAAUGCUUAUGGUGAGAUGACAAAACAAAGAAAUCCUGAGCAAACAGAUGAAGGGACAGAAAAAGUAUUGUCUGAUGAUGAGAUAUAUGAUAAAGUUCUUUCCACAAUUGUUGGUCCACCUCGGUCAGGCUACAUACGUGGCUUAGGAGCAGGUCCUAAGCCUAAAAAUUUGAAAGUCUCCAAUAAUCAUUCACAACUUCAGGAGGCUACAAGGAGGGCAGAUGAGGCAGAAAGACGAUCUACCCAACUUGCAGAGGAGUUAGAGGCAAUGAAGGCUAGUGCAGCUCAACAAAAUGAAGAAUUAGAGGCAGUGAAGGCUAGUGCAGCUCAACAAAGUGAAGAGUUAGAGGCAGUUAAAGCAAAGCAAAACGAGACGGACGCACUUUUAAAAAAAUUGCUGGAACAAUUUUCCUCUAGGAAAUAAAGAUUUGUGAAGAGUGGUCCAAGGUCUGAGUUUUAAUUAAGCAAUAUAUCUUCUGAUUAGCUUUUGGAAGAAAGACUUAUGAAGUACAUCUCUCGACUUGGUUAACUUUUGGAAAUACAUCAUUAUCCAAGUUUCUUUUGGUAGUUCUUUUGGUGCUGGUACUAUGUAUAUAACUAACUUUGGAUUUAAAGUUCAAUAGUUUAUGAGGGGGAUGAGAUACAUAUUUUGUUGGAGAUUAUUGCUAAUGU